AGGACACCUCGCAUAACACGUGCGAGGGGCGCCAUCCGUGCUGCCGCCAUGUUGGCUGGUUACGAUGGUCGGCAGUUGCAAGGCUCCGGCUACUUCCCCGUGACCAGGACGCCGGUCAUGACGCCGGUCACGCCGGCCCGGACGCCAAUGAUGCCGGGCCAGAACGCGAGGGCACCUGCCAUGGCACCUGCCAUGACACCUGCCAUGGCACCCAUUGCGGUGUCCUCGUCCCCUUUGAUGGCCAUGAGACCCAUCCGGCGCAUGUCGGCGCCUGCACUGCCGCAGAUGCCGGCGCCAAGCUAUGCCUUGACGGGGUCUCUGGUAGUACCGCAGGGGCCUGGAUGGCAAGGGCCACCAGGACCACAACUAGGUCCAGGUGGCCAAGACCUUCCGGAUUCAGUGCCUGGACCACCCAUUCCAGUCUAUGCACCCACCCAGAUACAUGAGAGAAAUUCGGUCAUUGUCAAUCCAAACUCGAUCAUUCCCGAUGCGGAUGGAGAGGCCAUAGCAGAAACCUUCCAGUUGGGGGAUGAGGCAUCCAACAUCUAUGGUACCUGGCGCAUUCCCUGGGGACCAAACAGUUGGAGUAAGCCCCAGGAAAGAAUCGAGCAAGAACCGGAGCCAGAAGUGCCUGACAACCAGAUGUUGGUGGAUAUGGCGGAUGCAGUAUCACCGUCAUGGAAGGAGCAGCAAAACAUUGCCCGUCAGGAGCAGCAAUUCAUUGCCCUCUUGGAUAGCUUGGAAACGCGAGUGGAUCUCAUGUCCCAGAUGCAGGAAACCCGCAAUGCCAUCAGCCAAAUGCCCACUUCACCCGCUUCACCCUAUCCCUCACCGCAGAAGUCAUCGCCAGUGGGCGAUUUGCUCGACAUUACACAAAAGAUGAGUCCGGAAUACCCUGACUUUAGUGAGCUCAGCACCAAUCUGCAUCCAGCAGAUUGGGUGGCCCCUAGGCUGGUCAUGCCAUUCACUCGUGACCUUUGCGGCACGAACCUGCAGAUUUCGGAAGAGGGCUAUCGCGCAGCGCGCAUUCGCGGCUGUAGGCAGUCCGUGGCAAUUGGCUCUGCGCCACUGCAGAUCACCCAAGAGGGUCGCUACUUCGAGAUCCUCAUAGAAGAGACAGUCCCGGGCUGGGUGGGUGGCCUGGGGCUUGGCGUGGCGCAGAGCCCGCUGAAGAGCCUCACCAGUUGUGCCAUGCGACGCUUGCCGGACAAGGCCUGGCGCAUUCCCAAGACCUCCGUCGUGGGCUACUGGGGUUGCGUCUUCUUGAACGGCAGCGAGUACCGCACAUCAUGGCAUGCAGAUAGCUUACGAGAUGGGGAGAAAGUGGGAUUCCUUGUGACCAAUGCCGGAGAUAUCCUUGUCUUUGUGGACGGUGAAGCAGUGGUUCACAUUGAAAGAGCCAUUUCUCAAGAGGAUCUGCGAGAACCCAUGCAUCCCAUCGUCGACGUCUUUGCCGCCACUCGUGUGGUGUCUCUCUCACCUAGUGCAUCGCCGCCGCCCCGGCCGUGGGUUGUGACGCCCGCACAAUUCCUAUGACUGUAAUUUGUGCCUGCACCACAAAAGCAUUGUCACCGCUGCGCCGAAAAAA